CUUACGGAGUUUCCAAAGAACCUCCAAAUCUCGUCCUAUUUAGUUCACUUUCUCCCCCUCCUCCGGCGGCCAUUCCGACCUGCUGCUCCGAUCUUCCAUCCUCUUCGUCCCUUCUGCGCCUCUCCAGAACCGUAAUGGCGGCGGCACCUCGCAUCGUCUUUACCCGCCCUUCUUCGAUCCCGGCCAAAUUCGCAACUCCCCGGAGGUCGCUGCCACUGCAGAGCUUCUCCCCCGCCGUCGGACGCGGACUCCUCGCCAGGUCCUCGGUCCUGAGCUCCGGAUUCAGAUCCGAUGGUGCUGCCUACAUCUCCGGUGUAAGGACUCAUGUUGCAGCUGUUGAGCAAGCGAUUAUUGUUGAAGCUCAAAAAGUGGAAGCACCUGUUGUCAUCAUCACUGGAGCUUCUAGAGGUAUAGGAAAAGCGAUAGCCCUAACACUGGGCAAGGCUGGUUGCAAGGUUCUUGUGAAUUAUGCAAGAUCAUCGAAGGAAGCUGAAGAAGUCUCCAAAGAAAUCGAGGCAUUUGGUGGUCAGGCCAUUACUUUUGGUGGAGAUGUUUCAAAAGAAGCCGAUGUGGAAACUAUGAUCAAAACUGCAGUCGAUGCAUGGGGCACAGUUGACAUUUUAGUUAACAAUGCAGGAAUCACAAGAGACACACUGUUGAUGAGAAUGAAAAAAACACAGUGGCAGGAAGUCAUUGAUCUGAAUCUUACUGGUGUUUUCCUUUGCACACAGGCAGCAGCAAAGAUUAUGUUGAAGAAGAAAAAGGGGAGGAUCAUCAACAUAGCAUCUGUUGUUGGCCUAGUGGGGAAUGCUGGACAAGCUAAUUAUAGUGCUGCAAAGGCAGGGGUGAUUGGUUUUACCAAGACCGUUGCGAAAGAGUAUGCAAGCAGAAAUAUUAAUGUUAACGCUGUUGCUCCUGGUUUCAUUGCGUCUGAUAUGACUGCUAAACUUGGAGAAGAUAUCGAGAAGAAAAUUCUGGAGAUCAUUCCAUUAGGGAGGUAUGGCCAACCAGAAGAAGUUGCUGGCCUGGUGGAAUUCUUGGCCCUUAAUCCUGCAUCCAGUUACAUUACCGGGCAGGUCUUUACCAUCGAUGGUGGAAUGGUGAUGUAACCAUGGAGGCACUCGUUAUUAUAGUUUUAGUGUUCAAAGAAUCUUCAUUUGCCGAUGUGAUGUUUACUAUUAACUUCAGAUUUUGGGAAAUAUUGCAACCAAUUCAUCUAUGUUGUUCUCUUGCCAGGAUAUUUCCCCCCUUUUUCUUGUUUUUUUUUUGCUUCUAUAAAUGUUUUUUGAGAGAGACUGCCUACAAAUAAGAACUAAAAAUUUUCUGACA